GUCGUUCGAGACCCAGCUGUCUCGAGUGGAAGCCGAACUGCUCAGAAGAGAGGCCCCUCCCUCGUAUGGACAAUUGAUUGCUCAGGGCUUAAUCCCACCCGUGGAAGAUUUUCCAGUUUGUUCACCUAAUCAGGUAUAAGGCAGAUUUUAACCGGGUUCAUCGUCUUUUAAAGUGUGUAUGUAGUAAAGCAGAUACUAAUUAUCCGGACAAUUAAAAAUAUGCAUUUCAUUAUAUUAUAAACAGAAUCUAUAAAAUUUUGAUUUUUAUGAUUAUAAUAUGAUUGCUAUUAGACAUUUUGCUUUUUAUGAUAAGUGAGUGCACUGAAAUUUAAAAACUUGGACCAGUUUUCUGAUUGAAUCGAACACUUAGAGAUUUAAAAACGAAUACUAAAAUUAAUGUGCUCACCAUGUCACUUAACCAGUUUUAAGUAAAAGUAAUUGAAGGGAAGUUAUUUGCCCCCUCAUUUGAAGGAGAAUUUCAAGCUGGGUUUUACAGUGUCCAAGAAUUUGGUCCACUCUACUUCUUUGGGUUGUAACGUAUGUCUCUUAAUUCUUCAAAUUUCUCAGUAAGUUUUUUUUAAAACUUUACACGCUAUAAAAAUAUACCAAGGUUCAUUUUAGUCAGAAGGAUUUAAAUGCAUGUAGAUUUUAAGUGUAUUCACAAAUGUUUAUAGAAAUGAUUCUCCGAAUUAGAACUGAAAAAAAAUGAAUAUUUUCUCAGUGACUUAACUCUUUAAAAAUAGAACACCAUUUCACUGCUGGCACAUGUCACCUUAUUUAAGUGUUUAGCAAAUCCUUGGUAAGUAUUUGUAGGUUUUGAACAUUUUUUCCAGGAGUGCUUUAUAUUUAGAAUCUAUCCUGGUCAAAUUUUGGGUGUAAAACAGAAAAAAAAAUAAAUUAUAGUUUCUUUAUAUUCUUGGCCCUGCCACAAUCAGAGUGUCUUUGAAGGUAGGUGACAGACCAUAGUU